UUCAUCUCCCAAAUAAUCUUUUUUUCUUUUUCAAUCUCUCUCUCUCUUUUAAAAAACCUCUUUCGAAAUUUCUCACCGAUCUCUCCAAGAAGCUUCUCAAAAGCUUUUCUCUCAUCAGAGUUCUACUCUGUGUGAUUCAACGCAGAUUCUCUGUGAGCUGCGUUACUCGGGGAGAAGAGGAUAUGGCGCCGAGGAGUGUGAACAAGCGCGUCACCAAAGAAGCCUCCUCCUCUCCAGAUAUAGACAAAGUCAAGCAACGUAAGAAGAAGUUGACUGACAAGUUGGGACCUCAGUGGACGAAAGGUGAGCUUGAGCGUUUCUAUGAUGCCUAUCGGAAGCACGGCAGAGACUGGAAAAAGGUAGCUGCUUCAGUGCGGAGUAACCGGUCUGCUGAUAUGGUGGAAGCCCUUUUUUCUAUGAAUCGGGCAUAUUUGUCCCUGCCCGAGGGAACUGCGUCUGUAGCUGGUCUCAUUGCAAUGAUGACUGACCAUUACAGCGUCAUAGAGGAGAGCGAAAGUGAAGGAGAAGGCCACGGUGCUUCUGGAGUAUCGAGGAAAUAUCAGAAGCGCAAACGUGCUAAAGUUCCGCCUAGUGAUGUUCGAGAAGAAGUUAUCUCACCACAUUCAAUUGCAUCAACGGAAGGAUGCCUCUCAGUUUUGAAGCUGACACAAGUUUAUGGAAGGGAGCGACGUGCCACUGGUAAACGUACACCUCGGUUUCUUGUACCAAGUGCAGACCAGAGGGAUGAUACACAAGGUUCAACGCCACCAAAUAAAAGAGCCAAGAAACAACUUGAGGCUGAUGCUGAUGAUGAUGAUGAUGAUGAUAUACUAGCAUUAGCAUUGGCAAAUGCAUCGACAAGGGUUGGAGGGUCUCCAUAUAGAAGACCAGACACCACGCCAAAUGUGAAAAUGUCACAAGCUAAGGAAGCUCAAUCCAAGCACCAAGCUAGCUCCAUGUCUAGGAAUGUGGUGAGAAUAAGCCGAGAUAGGAGGCACAUUAAGAGAUCUCCAGAUAGAGAUGGUGCCUUGUUGAUGGAUAUAGAAGGGGUUGGUAACGCGGAGGUUCCUCGGAAGGAGAAAUAUGUCAGAACUGUAGAAGCAGAAGGAGAUACUUCUGAUGAUAGCGGAGAAGCAUGCAACGCCCCAAGAGAUGGAUUAGAAGCUCUGCAUGCAUUGGCUGACUUGUCAGCUUUACUGACUCCGGGUGGUUUGAUGGAAUCAGAAUCAUCUGCGGAGUUGAAAGAAGAAAGAGUAGCUAACACUCGGGAAACCGUAUCCAGUAGCCAUAACAGAGAAAAAGCAAAACAAGCAGGACGAGAAGACCAUAGUGUCCUACAUGUAACUUCAGCUGCUGAUAAUAGAAAACCGAAGUCUGCGCAGGAACUCGUUGAUGGUAAUGCUGUUCCCAUAGGGGAACUUGACACUUCAAGAAGAAAACGUAAACCUCUACAUGAUAAGGAAUCGGCUGAAGAUGAUAAUUCAAAGACUCCGCUCAACCCCAGACGUGCUGGUCAAGGUCCAGCAAAGCAGCAGAAAACAGCAAAGACAUCGGAAGAAUCUUGUUCAACUAGUGAUAAGAAAAUAACAAGACCAAAUGAAGCAGUGUCAGCUACACAAGUUUCAGGUUCGGGUCCAGCGAGCUUGCCGCAGAAACCACCAAACAGGCGUAAGAUUAGUUUGAAGAAAAGUUUACAAGAAAGAACUAAAUCUUCUGAAACCACUCACAACAAGUCGCAUAGUUACGAAAUAGAUCCAGAACAUGAGCUACUAAAGGACAAGGUUUCGACUUGUCUAUCACAUCCAUUGGUACGUCGAAGGUGCAUAUUCGAAUGGUUCUAUAGUGCCAUCGACUAUCCGUGGUUUGCAAAGAUGGAGUUCGUUGAUUAUCUGAAUCACGUGGGCCUUGGUCACGUUCCAAGACUUACUCGUCUUGAAUGGAGCGUCAUUAAAAGUUCUCUUGGUAGACCUCGGAGAUUCUCUGAGAGAUUCGUACAUGAAGAGCGGGAUAAACUCGAACAGUAUCGUGAAUCUGUGAGAAAGCAAUACACAGAGCUACGUGCAGGUGCUACAGAAGUGCUUCAUACAGAUUUGGCCCAGCCUUUAUCAGUUGGGAAUAGAGUCAUUGCCAUCCAUCCAAAAACACGGGAGAUUCGUGAUGGCAAGAUUCUUACUUUUGAUCAUAACAAGUACAACGUUCUGUUUGAUGAGUUGGGAGUCGACGUGGUUAUGGACAUUGAUUGCAUGCCUUUAAAUCCGUUAGAAUACAUGCCUGACGGUCUAAGGAGGCAAAUGGAUAACUGUUUGUCAGUAUGCAAAGAAGCACAGCUUACCAAACACCCUGAUGCAUCUUUUCUGUUCACUCCUUCCGAGCUUGAAAAUGUCGACUUUUCUAUGAGUCCUACUGAGAAAGAGGAUGAUAGAGACAGGCGAGUCACUACUGAUCAAACGUAUAACACAGCCAAUCGCAAAGAAAGAAGAGAUGAAAUUCAACGAGCUCUGAUGCUGCAGCGUACUUCAGAUGCACAGGAAAUGGAGCCAGAAAUGCUUGGAAUUGUCAGUGGUUCAAGGUCAACAGCACAAGCAAUGGUGGAUGCAGCUAUAAAGGCUGCAUCUUUGGUGAAGGAUGACGAAGACGCGGGGAAGAUGGUCCAACAGGCUUUAGACUCAAUCAGCAAACAUCAUCAGCCAAUAGAUAACUCUAUAGUAUCUGGUAUGAAGCAUCAAGACCAAGCCAAUGGCAGCUUGGACCAUCAUCAAAACCGGUCUCCCUCAAACACAGGAGAGGCGAUUACUGAAGGAUUGAUGGGAUCAGGGAAAAACGAAACGCAAAUGGAUUCAGAGCUGAUCAGCUGUUGUGUUGCAACUUGGCUCAUGAUUCAGAAGUGCACAGAGAAGCAGUACCCACCAGGGGACGUGGCUCAGGUGAUGGAGACAGCAGUGAGUAGCUUGCAGCCGCGGUGUCCGCAGAACAUGCCUAUCUACAGAGAAAUACAGACUUGCAUGGGAUGGAUCAAGAAUCAAAUCAUGGCUCUUGUCAAAACAUGAAUAUAACUUUUUGAGUUCCUUACAAAAUUAACCGUGUAUCUAUCUUCAUUUGAAAAAAGGAUAGCAGAUUAUAGGUUAGUAUAGUUUAAGUUAGUUAAUAAAUGAACAGCUUCUCGAUUGGCUACCAUUGAUUGAUUAUGUAACUAUUGAGCUGUUUUGUUUUUUUGUC